CCCUAUAAAUAAGUACCAUAUCUAGACUUGAAGUUUAUUCACUUGAAAAAUAAAAUCCUUCAUUGAAUGAUGAAGCUUAAUUUUUCAACUUUGCUUUUGGUGGCACUUGUUCUUACUUCUUUCCUCAUUCCAGCCACUAUUGCUGGUUCAGAAUUCUGUGAUUCAAAGUGCAACUUCAGGUGUUCAAAGGCAGGACGACAGGACAGAUGCUUAAAGUAUUGUGGAAUAUGUUGUGCAGAGUGUCAUUGUGUUCCUUCGGGAACAAGUGGAAACAAAGAUGAGUGUCCUUGCUAUAGGGACAAGAAAAACUCUAAGGGAGGGCCUAAAUGUCCUUGAAUUUACUUAAUCUUUUCCCCAAAUUGUUGUUUGUCAAACACAAAUAUAGAGGCACAAAUCCUUGAUAUGCCAUGUUUGUCAUGAAAUAAGGUUGAUUACAAUAAUAAUAAUGAUAAUAAUAAUAAUAAUAAUAAUAAUAAUAAUAAUAAAAACCAAUAAGUGAACAAAUGGGGGGUUCUUUUGAAUAUUUUGUUUUAUGUUGUUCAAUCUGUUGAGCUUUUAUAACUUGUUUGAAUAUUUAUUAA